AUGUCUGGCAUCACUGGGAACGUGGACUGCGAGGAGUGCUUAUCUUCUGGACAUCUACCCAACAGCACGGAGUUACAUGUGCAUCCCACCUUGGAUGACGACGAGGAACUUCUGAGAUACAUUUGGAGAGAGUAUUUACACCCCAAGCAGUAUGAAUGGGUUCUCAUUGUGGCUUACAUUAUUGUAUUCUUCGUUUCACUCAUUGGGAACUCGCUUGUUUGUUUUGCAGUAUGGAAGAACCGUCACAUGCGCACCGUGACAAACUAUUUCAUAGUGAAUCUUUCCCUGGCUGAUGUGCUGGUCACCAUCAUCUGCCUGCCUGCGAGUCUUGUGGUGGACAUCACAGAGACGUGGUUCUUUGGAAACACUCUGUGCAAAAUUGUCCCUUAUCUGCAGACCAUCUCUGUUUCUGUAUCAGUCCUAACGCUGAGCUGCAUCGCCCAGGACCGUUGGUAUGCGAUCUGUCACCCACUGUUGUUCAAGAGUACAGCCAAGAGGGCGCGCAAGAGUAUUGUUGUCAUCUGGGUUGUGUCGUGUAUCAUCAUGAUCCCCCAGGCCAUCGUGAUGGAGUGUAGCAGCCUGCUGCCUGAACUCACAAAUAAGACCAGUCUGUUCACGGUGUGUGAUGAGCACUGGGGAGCUGAGAUCUACCCAAAGGUGUACCACACCUGUUUCUUCAUUGUCACAUACUUCGCUCCACUGUGUCUCAUGGUCUUGGCAUACAUUCAGAUUUGUCACAAGCUGUGGUGUCAACAGAUUCCUGGAAGCACAUCAGUGCUGCAGAGGAAGUGGAAGUCUAUCAAAUGCUCAGCUCCAACUCCAGGACCGGGGGAGUCGGUGAGGGUUAGAACCAGCACGGUUUGUGCUGAGAUCAAACAAGUCAGAGCCCGGAGGAAGACAGCUCGCAUGCUGAUGGUGGUGCUCUUUGUUUUCGCCCUGUGCUACCUGCCAAUCAGUGUGCUCAAUGUCAUGAAAAGAGUCUUUGGGACAUUUAAGAAGACAAACGACAGAGAGACAGUGUAUGCGUGGUUUACUUUCUCACACUGGCUCAUAUAUGCCAACAGUGCUGCAAAUCCAAUCAUCUACAAUUUCCUAAGUGGGAAGUUCCGCGAGGAGUUCAAAUCAGCCUUUUCUUGUCAUUUUUGUGGCCAGCAUGAAAAUGAAACAAGGAGGAUAAGGACCAGAACGCGUACAGACAGUCGAAAAUCCCUCUCCACUCAAGUUCACAAUGUGGACAAUGUGUCACGCAUAUCAGAUCAGAUGGUCCUCAACUUCCUCACAGACAAACCCCAAUCAGUGAGGGUGGGAAAACAAGUCUCCCCCUCCAUCUCACUCAGCACUGGAGCACCUCAGGGCUGUGUUUUAAGCCCCCUGCUGUACUCACUGUACACUUAUGACUGUGUAGCCACAUCAGACACCACCAACAUUGUCAAGUUUGCUGACGACACUGUUGUUGUUGGCUUGAUCUCCGACAACAUCGAGACGGCCUACCUGGAGGAGAUUAGGAACCUGGAGACCUGGUGCCAGGAGAAUAACCUCCUCCUAAACAUCAGCAAGACUAAGGAGCUGAUCGUGGACUUCACUACAAAGCAGGCGAGGAAUUACAAACCCCUCAUCAUCAGUGGCACGCCAGUGGAGAGAGUGGACAUAUAUGAUGGUGCUGGAUCAUGUUUGGAUCAAUUUAGGGCUUGUCUCAGCGAUUCAGUUUGCAACAGGUACCUGGCACCUAUGCUCCAAGCCUGUAAGUCAGGCCAGUGCAAUGAUGAAGGGUGUCAGCAGGAAACUCUGCGGUUCUACAGGAACGUACCCCAAAAUGUUGCAGAGAUGCUGGUCAUGUGCGAGUGUGAAGCUUCAGAUCAGAGCUGUCUGAGCAUGAAAACCGAAUUGCACAGUGGCACCUGUGGAGAUGAGAUCCGGGUCUGUCAGCGUGUACUUAACCAGUGCACUGAGGACAGUAACUGCAGGGGCUUAUUAGAAAACUUUCAAGCCAAUUGUUGGAGUCCUGAAGAAGCCCAGUGCAUUGACAGUGACCUCCCAAGAGAUGAAUGCUUCACCCAGAUGGAUCCAGAGCUCAUCCUUGGUGCAGACGCUGAAUGCAAAAGGGCCUUCGUGGCUACUUUAGGCACAGUGCUUCACCAUCCUUGUACAUUGGCAUCUUCAGAAACAAUCAUUCGCCCCUCUAAACCUCCUCAGACCCUUGAAUCAGAUCAUGCUUAUGCUUGGUUGCAAGAUUAUCUUCUGUACGUUGUUGCAGCCAUCCUGCUUGCUGGUGUCAUAUUAAUGCCUCUGGUUAUUGAUCUCGAGAAAGAGAGAUAA